GAACUAGGACUUGGCUUUGGGCCACCAUUGGUACUGUCAUUUUGAAGGUAGGCCGCUUCAAUGUUUGAGAACUAGAACACAACAACAUGCUUGUAUUUUCUGUAUCAUAUAUUGUCAUUCUUCAUACAUAAACCUACCAAAGAAAACAGGAUUGUAAGGAUUGUACAUCCUUCAUGAAGUUGUUUGUGUCAGUCAUCUUUUCUCUUUAGCUCAGAAGGAGAUAUAUUUGCUGCUGGCAAAGACGACAAUGUCCCUGACCUGCCUUUGAAAACUCCAAGAACCCAUCUGUGCACGUGUGGACACCAUUAACCCUUGAUCACUGCUAUUAUUUAAGUUAUGUUUUAAUAUAGUUGUAGUUUGUAUUUGAUUAUACAUAACAUGGUUUUUGAAUGCGUGCGUCAAAACAAAAAAUAUUACAAUUAACUAACUAAAAAGAAAAUUGUGUGCCAGAUUACAUUAUGUUUUAAACAUCAGGGGCCAAAGAAGGAGGGCAGAAAGCCCCAGAAAAGGCCCCACAGCCAGCAGUUUGAGGCCCCAUGUUUUUAUUAAAGCCAAAUACCCCUGCAGUGGCACUAACACAUCUUAUGGGCCAGAUUCUGCUUCAUACAUACAAUAAAACAGCAGGGAGUCCACAAAUCAGUGAUGAAACAGAACAGUCAAAGAAAAGAUUUUGUCUGUAAAAACAAGUCCAAUGUCACAUCAGCUUAGAAGUCGUAAUCUCCAACAGAGCUAUCUUUCAGAGGUUUAAUAUUUUUGCUAUAAACUUUAACAUUAUACUUUAUUGUCCUGGGCUUUCAGGUUAUUGGACCUGAUUUGUAAUGCAUUAUCUCAGAUACUUGAGUGACCACUAGAGCCAAAUCCCUAAACAGCCAUUUUUGGUUUCUUCCUGAGACCAGUAAUCUUUCAUGAUAUCACUCAGGAUCAAUUGCAUUGCUGUUGUCACUCUUUCAGCCAGGGGGGCUUGUAUUGGUCAAAUGGACGCAGCCUGUUCCACCGCUUGGUUUUCCAUUUAAUGGGUUUUUAUUUUCUCAGAUUUUAUAGUAUUGCGAGAAGCAGCUGUUAUCUCAAACAUCAUUAUGUUUUUAAAAAUUUAGACAAUGAUCAAGAGUUGAGCUCCUCCUCUCAAACAUCCCCUUGUGGGGUCAUACCUACCCUUCCUGUCCCGGGUAUUAAACACUUGUCAUACAUGUCCUCUUCCUUGGUUAUCGUGGCACUAACUACUCCUCAUACCACCACGCUACAUAUAUUGCGCAACAGAGGGCGGGUCAGUUCUCCGCCUCCCUGCACGUUUCUCCGAGCAGAUCGGGCCAACCAUUCAUCUCACAUUAGCUGAAAGUGCAGCAUUCCUGUUGUAGCCCUCGGAGUGCAGCGAUGUUUUCCUGCAGAGCGGCCUGGCAGAGGUGUGGGCCUUUGGCACGGAGAGCAGCCUACAGGUUGCCCCGGGAUGGUGAGUUUCAUCAGCCAGCCAAAGAAAUAAGCAUCAAAUAUGACAAAAGCCUGAUUUUUCUCCUUGGCCCUCACUCUCUGAGCUGUAUGAGAGGUUUCUGUGAUCCAUCUGUCGCAUACUGAGUGCACGAUGUGAGCGGUGAAAGAGUACACUCUGUCCUCGUGUGAGUAUCUCUACAGAGCUGCAUCCACAGACCGGAGGCUGGACAUGGCUGCCCGGGAUGUGAAGGUCAACUUGGUAUUUUGGGAAGAUUUUCUGUUUGACUGUUGUACCUCGUUUUUAUUUAGAUUGAUGUGUGAGGAAGGGCAUUCAGGUUACACCUCGUGGAGGUAAAGGUGAAACUCUGAUUCCUGGUGGGAUUAUUUCAUAUUGAUGGUUGUGUAUGCUCUGUCCGGGUAUUUAACCGGCUGCCAGAUCUAAGCAGCAUCACACUGUUACCAUUUGGUUUCCACACUGUAGGAAUGAAUCUCAUCAGAUUAAAUCGGUGUAUCUCCAACUAAACCAUCAAUAAUCUCAUAUAAUGUGAGAUUAAGUAUCUUCUUAGUUUAAUGUGGAUCAUUUUAAAGAUUAACAGUUGACUUUAACUUUCAGACACAGUAUUUCUACAUUCCUUUGUGACCUUCACCACACCGGGGGUAAUAUGGAAACAUGGUUGCCGCCGUUGGUCACGUGGUAUGUGCAUGCGUGUGACGAUGGCUCGAUGUAUGGAGCGCAUUCCAGAGGUACGAGCCAUGUCACCUUCGCAGCUGUAGAAAACUUGCGCCACGAGCCGGUCGGUGGACGCAGCUUCUCUCCUCUGCAAUGACGUCAGUUUACUUAACGCUGAAUGACGCAAGGAAACAAAAACUGCAGCGUCAGGGGAGAAGGGUGACUGUAAAACACAGCUCUGUUGGUAUCCUUCAACGGGACUGCUGUUUUGAAGCACAAGGACUCUGAUACUCUGUAUGCAUGUGGAAUUUAAUGUGAGGUGAUUAUUUAAAGUGGGAAAACCACAUUUAUGUAACAAAAAACAUUAAUUUUGUUGACGGAUAAGUGUUAUAGCCGUUGCAUUGGUGACAGACAUGCAGCACUUGUUCUCACAGAAAAGAUAUAACUUGUAAGUCUAACUUUUGUUGAUGACAGUGCAGAUGUGUUUUGGAAAUUAUUGAUAACUGCGGCUGAUUUUUAAGAUCAGUUACUUGGUACGUCAGUAUUAACCUCUCCUGUGGGGAGUUUGAAGAGGGUGAUCAGACUGAAAGGGAUUGUCAGUUAAACAAAGAGGAGAAGGGAGAGAAUUCAACCUUUUUGGACCCUGAUUGUUUGGCAGAAGGCUGCCAACUAAUUCCUGCUUAGACCAGCUGACAUGUUUUAAAGCAAAUACCAAAAGAAGAGUACCCUGAUCAGAUCAGGAGGAACCACUUGCUUUCGUAGUAUUGGGAACAUUUCACCAUGAUUUAAUCUAUCAAAAAUCUUGGAUUUUUCCAUAAUUAUUUGAGUUUUUUCAUGAAUAAAUGCUAACAGUUGGCUCCAGUAUAAAAAUACAUCUACACACAUACAGUUUUAUUGUCAACCCUACAUGCACAUGUAAAGGACAAGAGAAGAAUUUGAAAGCACCCCUCUGUCCACAGGGGGGCCCAAAUCGACUCAAACGGAGUUUUUUCAAAGGAGCUUCAAGAUGUUUUUGUUUUACUUUUUCAGGUUUGGUUGUAUGAUUAAUAGUAAUUAACUAUAAAUAUUACUAUUAACGAUUAACAGUUUAAUAGUAAUUAUAAGAGGAUCCUGCAAGCUCAGCUGCUCUAUUGAGAAACCAAGCCAGAGAAAUCCCCAUAGAAAUUCAUGCUUAGCCUGCCAUGCACUACUCAAAAACGUAUCGACACAGACCACAAGCUCUGUGAUUGGUCUGUUUAGUGGUACAUAUUCCCAGUAUCCCCUGUCCUUCACCUCAUCAGCUGGAUGCUAUAUGACUAAUGUAGACAUACGUUAGUCUAGAUCCUGCGUGAUGCAGACUGCAGCUGUGAACCGCUGAUUUCCUUUCAUUCAAAAGGUGGGGAAGUUAUGUUGAUACCAAGUCUCCAGACAGCAGGAGCUCUCGAGGUUUAUAAAGAUGUAUUCUUGUAUUUGCGGUAAAUGCUACACCAUCACCACCACGUUGAUUUAACUUCCAGCCCUAGCUGUCUGCAGCAAUGUAUAAUUUAGCUUUUGACUGGUUAUAUGGGGGAUUUUUUUGCAAUGGUGCCCUGCUAACAAGGAUCCCCUGUGGGUAUGGCACUCAAUUUAGACCAGUUCCUCAUACAACCCUUCUUUAAAAUAGCUCCACUACAUUUUUUCCUUGCAUGCACCCUAGCUCUGUUGAGGAAGAGUAACAUGACCCCUAAGGUGUAGCAGCAUUCACACAUUCAUGGUACACAUCUAAAAUCAACAUGUUAUCAAAACCCAGUCUCCUUUUACAUCUGUCCAGGCUGUUCUCCUUUCAGGAAACACCUUUUUGGCUUCUUCUUCCUGACACAAAGCCCAAGCCAAAAAUAAAAUGUUAGCGUGACACACAGCAAGGCACUAUUGGAGCAUGUAAAGAGCUUACAUAAGGGAAAGGUCCACUCUGUGCUCAAAAUCCAGUCUGUGACAACACUAGACAUGUGCAGGACCCUGAGAUCACUCUUGUCCUCUCCUGUAGUCCACUUUAACAAGAGGAGGGUAUCACUCGCUAAUCCUGUGACCUCCUGGCCUUCGCCCUGUCCGUGGGUCAUGAAAUUUUGCCACCUUAUCCCCCCCUACUCAACAAGACUUGAUCUGAUUAGCCAGUAUAAAUAACAGGGUGGUUGGAAGUUGUGUGUGUGUAAGCCCUUGACUCUGGAUUAGUUCCUGAGAAUAUGAAGAGUGUAAUACCCUCAGCCCUGAACAUGAUGAAGCUCCAGAAACCUUAAAGAGGAACCUGAGUACUGUUGAACCUCAGCCAUAUUUUUACGUUUCAUUUUCCAACAUUGAUAGGCCUGUAUAUGAGCAGCAGGUUUCAACAAUUUUUAAAUCACUGCAAUUAAUGGCUUCAGUCGCGGCAUUGCUGUUAGGUCUAAGAAAAUGUUUUUUGUCAUUUUUACUUUUUCAAACUUUUUAAAUUUUUUUUUAUCAUUGAUAGACCGAGAUAUUUAGUCAAUGGGUCUGACAGUAUCACAGGAACACCUUGCUGCUCCUAAUAUCUGUUAAUGGGGAGGAAUAAUGUGGUGUUAGUUAGAUCACCAGUAGAUGUUGGGAUGUUGGUGGACUGUGUUCUGCCUGCUUUUGCUCUCCUCAUCGACAUGCUGAUUCAUCAGUACUACAUAGACUGGAAAGCAGAGCAGUGUAUUUUAAUUAUUUGUAAGCCAAUUUUUUAGAAAUGCAUUCCACUUCUAAUAAUUGACACUUUUUUGGUUUAUUUUCUAUUUUCAAAGGAAAAAGUGCAAACAGGUAGAGGAACAUGUUACUAGAUAAAUUAACUUCUGAUAAAUGCAGCUUACUGAAUUUCACAAAAUUAGUUAUUUAUGCCAACAUUAAAAAUUAUGUUAAGUCAGCUUGAAAGCAUCAAGUUGGUAAGUUGUAAUCAAAUCAAAACUCACUGCAGGUUUAGAUUUAAACUAAGCACUCUGCGAUCCCAUUAGCACUGAGAUGAGUAUGACAACACUGUCUCAAAUCAGUCUUUAGUGCUGUCUCAGCAUUAUGCAGCUUUUUUGGGGGAAUUUGAUGGUAACAUUGUCGUUACUUACGAGCAUGAUUACAUUUUGUGGUUAUGUAACACACGCAGAUUUAUAUGGUGCCUGCACAGCAGACAGUUUCUCUGUGUUCAAAUGAGGGGCUGCUUUAAAGAGAUUUCAGCAAACUGAUCAUAAACCCAAAUUUGAACUCUACUCCCUCUGUCUGUGUCCAUAACUACUCACAAAUUUCUGCCUUGGUUGUUAAUAUAACAGCUGAAACUGCUGACUGACCAUUAAGCUGCUGUGUUUGGCUCGAAAACCUGCUCCUCAACUUUUGUCUUUCGUUCAAAUGAAGAAAUUUUGACACUUCCACCCGUAGUUUGUUGAAGGUGCUUACUCAGAGUUUGCCUGAGGCCAUGGUCACCCUCUGACAUUGUUACAUAUAACUGUGUCGUCUGAAUAGUCAUAGUACCUUAUUGUUUCUGUAAUAUGAGCCAGUAGGAGCUUAUAGAUGUUAAACAAAAGAGGCCCUAGGAUGGACCUUUGGGAAACCCAACAAAUAAUUUUUCCUCAUCAGUUUUGAAGUAACUGUGGACACAAAAUAGUCUCUGUCCUUUUUAGAUAGGGUUUAAACCAACUGAAUGCUGUGCCAGAAAGUCCACCAGUUCUCCGGUCUGUCGAGAAGUAUUUUAAGGUCAACUGUCUGUGCUGAAAGAAGCACUGUGAUCCCGUAGCACUAAGACUGUAAUUCUACCACAGUCUGUGCUUAGGCUGAUGUCCUAAAACACCUGAACCAGAGCAUCCUCAGUGCUGUGAUCAGGUCAGAAACCAUCAAAACAGUUUUGAGUACUAACCAGGAAAUGGUGACAGCAUGAUGUGUUUCAGGUUGCCACAUGCCUUUCAAUGUAGGAUAGACGAAGAAGAAGUAGCAGCCUUGGCUAGAUAGUUGUAGCAUCCCCCUGUAAGACUGGGACAGUUAAGAAAAAAAAAAAGGACAUUCAAAGAUUUAUAUAUACUCAUCAUGUAAACAUAUAUUCUUACCUUCUUUUUAACAGUCUUCAUUCAAUUUUGUAACUUAAGAUCUACCAGCAGUUCAGUACUUAAAAAUAAAAGUGUAGUUUGACCAUGAGAUGGAUCAUGAGAUGAAUAAAACAUUAAAAUAAAAGCAUGAAAAUAGUUAGAGGUAUCUUCCUUUGAGUCAUUUCAGAUGAUUUUGAUCAAUCUUGGUGUUUGUGAACUGUGCUUUCUAUAGCAGACUUUGGUGAAUAAUGUUCAGUCCCAUAUCGUAUAGUUAGACCUGCAGUUGUUAGUGCACACUCCUUUUACUUGAACCUUUUACAGAGUGUUGAUGAGAGGUUCCAGAUUUUCUCCUGGAGUUGCAGCUUGUUUAUGUGCAUUCUUUUGGUUGUAUUGCUGAAAAAUCAGGCAAGAAGGACACAGUGUGCCAAAAUAGAAUAAAUAAGUUCUUUAUUUGAAUGGAAAAGUUAGAUAUCUGCUCUGAGAUUCUUACUUCUCUCAUUUUAGUACCUGUAAUUGCAGCUCAAACUUUACUGCAAUGUUAAAAGCUCCUGGCUGAGGUACAUGUUAAAACUAUAAGCAUAACAGGGGAAAAAAAAAUCAAAGCUGUGGAGUGUAUCACCUGGCAGGCUGCAAACAAGCACCGACAGGCACUUUUUUGGUAGUCUAAAGUCAUUGCGUUAAAUCCUGCUGUAAUGGGAGGCAUCAUGAUCCAGCUUUGUGCCUGAGGGUGCUUUCUCACCUAUCCUCCUCGCUGAUAGAGCUGCAGAGCUUCCUGCCUGUUGGAGUCUACGUGGGUAAACAUGCAGCAGAGCAGUUUGUGUAAAUACAAAGUUCGUUUGUGUUUGUUUUCCAGUCCGGCUGUGUAGAAGACAAUACAUUUCAAAGUCAACUCAAGACCAAACUUGAACUGAGGCUUUUGUUCGACAUGCUUCUUUAUCUGUAAAGUUGUUGCAUCCUCGUCUCAAAAACAUUGUAAAUUUUCUGAUAUUUUUGGUGUGACGAUACUACUAUCACUGAAUGAAUAACAAAGUCAUUCAUCCAUUUUUUUAUGGGUGUGAGAGGAGGUUGUUUUACCUUUUUGUAAAACAGUCUGAUCCAACGAGAAUGUCCUUUAAAAAUGCAGAUGGUUUAUCUUUUGAGUUACCAUCUGAAAAUGAUAAGCUGUUCGAGAAGGAUAUAACAUGUGACCUUUCACCUUUUACAGCUGUGCAGCGGCGGCAGAUGUCUUCGGUUCCUGGUGGCUCUGGAGAGAACAUAGUCUACACCCUGCUGUGUGGUGGAGCCUUUGUUGCUGCUGUGUCAUAUGUAAGUUGUGUUUUUGGUUUAUCAUACAAAAACCCUGAUAUAUCUGAUAUACACCCACCGGCCACUUUAUUAGGUACACCAUGCUAGUAACGGGUUGGACCCCCUUUUGCCUUCAGAACUGCCUCAAUUCUUUGUGGCAUAAAUUCAACAAGGUGCUGGAAGCAUUCCUCAGAGAGCUUGGUCCAUAUUGACAUGAUGGCAUCACACAGUUGCCGCAGAUUUGUCGGCUGCACAUCCAUGAUGCGAAUCUCCCGUUCCACCACAUCCCAAAGAUGCUCUAUUGGAUUGAGAUCUGGUGACUGUGGAGGCCAUUUGAGUACAGUGAACUCAUUGUCAUGUUCAAGAAACCAGUCUGAGAUGAUUCCAGCUUUAUGACAUGGCGCAUUAUCCUGCUGAAAGUAGCCAUCAGAAGUUGGGUACAUUGUGGUCAUAAAGGGAUGGACAUGGUCAGCAACAAUACUCAGGUAGGCUGUGGCGUUGCAACGAUGCUCAAUUGGUACCAAGGGGCCCAAAGAGUGCCAAGAAAAUAUUCCCCACACCAUGACACCACCACCACCAGCCUGAACCGGUGAUACAAGGCAGGAUGGAUCCAUGCUUUCAUGUUGUUGACGCCAAAUUCUGACCCUACCAUCCGAAUGUCGCAGCAGAAAUCGAGACUCAUCAGACCAGGCAACGUUUUUCCAAUCUUCUAUUGUCCAAUUUUUAUGAGCUUGUACAAAUUGUAGCCUCAGUUUCCUGUUCUUAGCUGAAAGGAGUGGCACCCGGUGUGGUCUUCUGCUGCUGUAGCCCAUCUGCCUCAAAGUUUGACGUACUGUGCGUUCAGAGAUGCUCUUCUGCCUACCUUGGUUGUAACGGGUGGUUAUUCUCCUCUGACCUCUGGCAUCAACAAGGCAUUUCCGCCCACAGAACUGCCGCUCACUGGAUAUUUUUUCUUUUUCGGACCAUUCUCUGUAAACCCUAGAGAUGGUUGUGCGUGAAAAUCCCAGUAGAUCAGCAGUUUCUGAAAUACUCAGACCAGCCCUUCUGGCACCAACAACCAUGCCACGUUCAAAGUCACUCAAAUCACCUUUCUUCCCCAUACUGAUGCUCGGUUUGAACUGCAGGAGAUUGUCUUGACCAUGUCUACAUGCCUAAAUGCACUAAGUUGCCGCCAUGUGAUUGGCUGAUUAGAAAAUAAGUGUCAACGAGCAGUUGGACAGGUGUACCUAAUAAAGUGGCCGGUGAGUGUAUAUCUCUGUCACAAGAUUUGAUUGAAGUUAUUAAAAGUUUUAAGUCUGGUGAAAAGCGAGAUGGAAAAGGAAGUGCUUGAGUUGGCGCCCAUAGACUCAGUGACACUCAGGUCUUCUGGUGGGCCAGCGGUCCCCACACUUUUCUGUCAUAACACCGUUCAAGGAUGAAAAAAUUUUACGUCUCUCCACCGAACAAAAUGUUGACCAAAGGAGCAUGUGUAACUUACUGACACACAAACAAGUUCAUUGAGAUUCAUUUCUCCUCUCUUUCAGUCAUUGACUAUGUUACAAUAUAGUGGAUCAGGCAGCACAGACCACUGAAUCCUUAAAAAAGGGACAUAAAACCUUUUUUAUUGUUCAGAGAGCAUUUCUUAUUAGUAACUUACCUCCUGCACUGUUUUUAAUUUCAGAGUUUAAAAACCAGUUUUCUUUUUUUGUUCUCAUUGUCUUGUUUUAAGGUCAUCAAGGUCUGCCUUGUAGAUUUGAGAUUUGCUCUCAGUGUUGAAAGUUCGCAAAUUUUCUGUAAUUUAAAUCUUUUCCUUGUUGGAGGAAAAAUGAAUACAUUUUAGAUUUCUUUUCCUCCCACAGGCGUACAGCACGGUCUCUUCAGACCAUGCUAGAUUCAAUGAACGUAUCGCAGAAAUCAACACCAGACCCAAGACACAGUGGGUCCCCAAACCAUGGCCACCCAAGGGUAAGUACUCACCCCAGUCUCCAUCCCUCCCCCAGAAAUUUGUACCCAUUCCAGGAUUUAUUUAAGACUUGAGCCUCUAAACCCUCUUCAUUUCACAGGUUUUAGUUGUUUUACUUGAUAUUUCGUUGCACCAGUAACUGCAGUUGUUAAACUUUGUGGUCAUCUGUAGGGAUGGGGAUCAAUAACAGGGUCCAUUUGUCAAAACCCGAAGAUCAAUCAAGUUUGAGCAAAGGAUUGUGGGAAAGUCAUAGAUUAUCCUCUUUGUAUUUUGUAUCUAAAAAAUUUCUAAACCCCCCCAACACACACACACACACACACAGAGGAUGCCAGCAUGGCCACCCAUCUCAGUCUGAUUGCUCUCUGCUGGUUGAGCGGCCGUGCUGCUGUCUCCAUCACUUACACUCACACACUCCUAUGCACACACACACACUGAGACACAAGCGCACACUGGGAGACACGCUCUUAUUCCCUGUGUCCUGCCUGUGUAUUUUUACCUCAGUCUUAGUGGUGCUAAAGUGCUCAGGUUGGAUCAGUUCAAAUCUGUUGAUAGCCAACCAGCACACAUCCUUCUGCUGUCAGACAGUUUAGAAAUGUUUUAAAUCAGGUACAAUCUGUAAUAUUGAUUUAGAAAAAAAGUGCUUUCAUCAACAGCUGUUUCAAAGAGGGCUCUGCCUCUGGGUGAGGACAUUAAAUACUCAAAUUCAGUCCAUUAAUAAAAGCACCAUGUAUUUUUGAUUUUAUUGCCAUGAAAAGGUGACUCUUGUCAGUGCUCUCUUGCUGCUGCAGCAGUAGCAGAAGCUCCAUAGACACUCCCAUUUACUAUCCUUGACAUCUGGGCUGAACUUCUGUUAUCCCUGUUUAUUUUCCUGACACAAACUGCUCCUCUGAACACAGACAUCAUCCAGCGUUAGGUCCCGUGAGAUACCAUCAGUGUGUGUGAUCUCUGAUAGUUUAUUUGGUCUCGCUCACAGACCCUUAACUGCCACGCUCUGUGGUAGAUAAAUCUGAUUGGUUUAUUUGAUCCAGUCAACCGUAGAGAAAGAGUAAACAGUGUGUUUAUCAGUGUGGUCAUAACAGCAGCAGCAGCACAGUAGCUGAUGAUGGAGGGAGAUUAAUCCCUUGUGUAAACUUUCACUGCCUGUAGACCUUUUCCAGAUGACUCAAGCACAACUCAGACUGAGGGUUUGAAAGUAUUAAAACUGAAAAAACUUAUUGUUUGUUAUUUAUUCUGUCCCUCCGAAAGCUUCUUUGCAGCUUCACAUGUUUUACAGCUCAACAAAUUCAUAACAUCAAAACCUCAAUUCCAGUGAAGUUGGGACAUUGUGUAAAACAUGAAUAAAUACACAAUACAGAGUUUUGUAAAUAUUCCAAGACAGUCUAGCUGCAGACCUCCACUAUGAAGACAUGCUCUACUGAGAGGACAUGAGGUGGUGUUUUGUAUGUAUGUAUGUAUAUUCACAAGAGACAAAAAUUAUGUACUUCCCAGUGUACUUGCUUUUAAUUUGAAAAGGCUUUGAAUCAACUUAGGAUAUAAAAAAAGUAACGUACUCUCAGUAUAUUUGCUUUUAUUUUGAAAGGCUUCAAACAACUUCUGGUCCGCUUAUUGGAGGUGGGUCCUCUCAGUGGAGGUCUGCAGCCAGACCCCUCUCAAAUAUACACUCAACAUAAUCUCCAGUUUGCACAACUGGUGGUUGUGUUUGCACAGUUGUAUUUUAAACUUCUUCAGCAGAUCUGAUGAAUAUCUUAUACAUCUUUUUAAAUGAAGCAUUAUAGUUAAAGAAGAACUUGGAGGACCUUUUAUGAUCUGUAGGUUGUUCUGAUUUUAGGGAUAUGAAGCAUUUCAAGGUAGGAAGGGAAAUGAGAUUAAUGACACACCAACAUAGAUUUGUAUUUUAUUCUGAUGGUUAUCAAACCAUCUUUGCUCUCUGUUGAUAAAAAUGAGAUGGUCUUAAACUAAAAGAGAAGUGAACAGAUUUCAGAAUAACCCAUGAAGUGUAGAGAACACUUUCUUUAUGUUCUCUCGAACACUCUUUUCAUUUGGCUGUUAUUUUUUCAACUUUCAAAGCUGGUAUUAUUGAGUUUAUAACACCUAUAAAACACAAAGUACUUCAGAUAUGCCAACAAAAAUACAUCAUAAAAAACACAAAAAAAUCCAAACAGUGAAGCAGCAAAGUCAAGCGCCCUAUGUUCCUCAAAGUGAGUGUCGGGGGGUUCAGAGCCGACCUGUAGCCCAUCAUCCCCUCUGUCUUCAUGGUUUCCUACUCUGUUCAUUGUUCUAUAUCCCUAAAAGAAAGGCAUAACGUUAUGCAUAAAAUAAAAGUUCAGAUGUGUCCCAAAACGUUUUGCUUUCUCACAUUCAUUUGACUGUAAAAGAACCCGGACAUACUAACAUGCUGGUGACACAUGGUUUCUUUUUUGCUGAAUGCUGUCUCUUCUUCAUCAGCGGAGUCUGCUAUUUUUGUUGAGUGUUGAGAUGUUUUUAAAGGAAACUGACUCUUCUGUUUUCUGUUUCUUUUUUCAGGUCAAGGCGAAGAAGAGGGUAAGUCCUGUCACCACAGUUCAUCGCACCUUCACUCAUCAUCACUGCCUGACUUAAUCUAUGAAUGCUCCUGGUUCACCUGGGUUCAAGGAAUUGAUGGCAUGAGUUUGAUUGUGCUUUUAAUAACCUUACUUCCCUCAAUCUGACAUGUCCACAGAGCGAUAAAGCGCAUACUAGACACUGUUUGUUUUUACCGCUUACAGUUCCAAGUAUAGAUGGCAAUUUGAAUACAGAUGGGGAUUUGAAAUUAUGGCAUGUAGUUUAUGAGGCCAAGAGAUUUUUAACUCAAAGUGUCGCUAACCUGCAGGAAUUAGUAAUGAGCAGCUCUGAAGAAACAUGCACUCAGACCUUUGGUCAUGUUUCAGUGAACACUCAUGACGGCCCAGCUAACAUGUAAACAUGUGAGUUAAAGUCUGCUCUUCUGUGGCUGCACAAACAUUUUUAGAAAUUUCCCCUUAAAAGGCUUUUAGAGACAUUUUGCCAUCUUUUUUUAACAGCUCAAAACCACAGACAGUCCUACACUAGAGCCUGACUUUUCUAUUUUUACCAAUUAUUGAAUUUCCCUUCAGGGUUAUUCUUCUUUAACAGACAAAAUGACAUCAGUACAAAUUGUUUUGUUGUGUGUUUAUGUGCUAACUCAAGAUCUAUACUGAUACUUACCCUUUCCUGUAAUAAUAAAGCUCUGCAAUUAUUAUUGUGUUUCACUUUUACAAAAUGCUGAAGUUAAUUUCAUCAUAAUGACAUUAAGCUUUGUCCAGCAGAGGGUGCAUUAACCUCAAGUUUCCAACCCCUACAAUACUUUCUCAAUAAAGUCAGUUGCUUCACAAUGUAUUCUCUUAAAAGGUCUUAAAGUUAUCUAAUUAUUAUUUAGAAAACAUUUAUACAAGCACCCCUUGCAGAGUCAUAACUGAGCAUUCUUAUUAUUUGAGGAUCAACUAAAUUGAAUUUCCCUUAAAGGAUAAAUAAAGUUCUUAUCUUAUCUUAAAGCUAGUCUGAACUGACUUAUUUCUAAGUUGAUGUGGUGUGAGGGUUGAGUGUAAAAAAAGUUGCACAGCUCACCGGGAAUGAAAGUUUGAGCGCGUUCAGUGAACCUCGUUCAUUUUAACACAAAUCAAAAAACAGGCACACUGUGUUGUUAAGAGAUGCCAGCUGUUAUCUGUGGUUGUUUCCAUACAGGUAGUAGAGUAAUAUAUAAUUGUGGCAGUAGACUAAUCCUUACUUCAGCUACAGCCCCAACUAGUGGCAACUGGCUGCAUUACACCUUAAGUACAUUAUACAGUUGCCAAUACAAUAAAAAAUAAAUGUGUUUAUAAUAAAUAAUGAUUUGUUUAACCAACCAGUCAUUCUGGUAUCCUCACACCACGCUCACACGGCUAUGUAGAACAGAUACAUGAUCUCAGCACAUUAAAAAUUGUAGCCCAUGUUCAAUCUGUUUAUUCUGUAAAGGUCACAUUUCUGUCAGGCUCUAGUUUGGUAAACCUAAACUUAGACUCUGUCCUCACUUUUUAUACACCCUAACCCUGGAGUAACUUUGGUAAGAAAGACAGAAAAAAUACAAAUUGAACACACAUAAAAAGUAUGGCUGUUUGCCUUUUAAAUGUUAAAUCAUGAAGGUUUUAUAUACCAUCAUGUUGCCUCAUCAUUAGUUUCAGCAGCUGAGCUUUGGCUUGAUUUAAAUUUUCAGAGUUUAACUGUAGCUAAAGUCUCUGUAUUUAGAGAUCUGGUCUGCAGGAUUGCUAGUUUGAACUUUGUGUGUGUAGGUUAAUCCUCAUGGAGCACGGUUGUGCUUGGCCAAUCAAAUCAGUCCUCCUGUGUGAACUCAGUCUGACCUCUCCUGAUUUCACCCUAUUAGAAAAUGAGUCCCUCCUUUUGAUAUGACUCCCCUCCUCUCUCUCCCUCACUCUUCACUGUUUUUUAUUCUCUGGUGUUGGCUCAGAUUGGACAGUCCUUUUGAGGAGUCUGCUUUUCUUCUAUACCAGAUUAGACAAAUUGGUGUCCCUGUUUGUGACUCCCCUUCUUCUCACAGAGGCAGCCCAUGUCCAUUUCUCACCAAUCCAGAUGUACGACCUCUGUGGGAAAAGUUGUAAUGACAUUGUUGUGUGAAUUUGACUUUGCUCUUUUGUAAAGGCUAAAUUUCUUCUUCCCCGUUCUCUAACUCUUUGUGUCUUUACUCUUUCAGUGUAAUGCUAAAGCUAAGGUCCUCUGUGGCCGCUUGGAUAUUCGUCCCUAGAACUGGACUCUUUGGAUCUGAACCCCCUCUCUCCUCCUCCUUUCCUCCUCUCCUGUACUGCUAAGAACGAAAACGAUUCACCUAAAACCUCGGGACAGUUCUGUGAAGGAUGCUCAGUCUUUGCUGCUGUCGUCGGUCUCUUUUUCUCUUGGUGCUAAAUGCUAACAUGUAACUGUGAUGAAGAUAACUGGACUUAACGAAAUAUCAUCAAACAAACACCUUCAGAUUUUACUUUCUGCCCAUGGACUGCAUCAUUGUUUGUUGUUCAAAAGAACAGUUUCUGUGGGCCUUUGCCACAUGGUCAACUUCACUGUCGAGCGUCCAUUAACACAUUAAUGCUGCACUAUUGUGAGUGAUAACGAAAUCACCAAUUUACCAUAUUUACACAGCAGCCAUUUUCCUCUGAUGUGGUGCUGAAGCUCUAGGGUUUUAAGUGUGUCCAGAUGUGUCCCCCGAUCAACGAAUUUGAACAUUUGAAACACAAGAUUCAUUGGCGAGGAAACUCACGAGUGGUGCACAAAUAGGAUUAGGGUUAGGGCUUCUGAGCAGAUGCCAGUAACCAAUAAAAGCUUGCACCUGAUGGCCAAAGAUUUCAAUUUCAUCAUGUUUAAGUCUUCUUCCAGACUCUGGGCCGUCAAACUUGGCAGACUCGCUGGACUAAUGUCAGAGGUCCAUGUGUUUAUGGUCAAACGUACACCAGUCAUUAGUCUGACUGAAACUGGACUUUUUUAAAUACAUCUAAACAUGUCAGUGCGACUGAAAUCACACUAAAUCACCUUCUCAUAAUUGGACUAAAAUACCAGGGUCAAGUGGUUCAGGAUCAGUUUUCUCCUCCAUCUGGAAGACUGAAGCGUUCUGUGCUCCAGAGUUUGAACCAGAAGUUGAGCAGUAUGAAUUUGUUCAAAGGAAGUCUGGUAGAAAACAGAACCUCGACAGAGGAUAAUGGCAGAAGGCAGAAUGAAGGACAAAGUUGUCUUAUCGUACAUACAAAGGCCACAGAGCUGUAAAGUUUGUCUUCAUUGUUGGACAUAGAACUCUUGUGAUAGGUCGACUGGGAGGAGGCCUAAUAGUGACAAGAUGAAAGAUUUUUUGUCACUAACCGUAGCAGAGAUGAACAAACUUGUGUUGAUUCUAGGAAGAGAAACCUCGCUCAUCAAGUGUUGGACAUUGCCUGAUGUUUUCAUCACUUCUGUAGCUUUGGGUCGUCUCCUAACAACUCUUCAGCUCUUAAAUUGGCCAUUUCUUUCGGUGCUAAUGCUAGCUGCAGCUAUUGCUGCUGCUUAUUCUUUCAAUACGUCUUCAUUGUAAUGUCAAUUUUUCAGGUGAGUUUUAAGACUUUUGUGGAUUAAAACUCAAGGACUUUCCCUCUCCUCUCUGAAUACUUGUGGUACAGUGUUUUUAAACUGUGAAAUUAAGAAAAUGAAAACCUUUUAUUUGUUUUUAUCCCAUAAAUUUUAUUCUCAGAACAAUAACAAUAUAACUUGAUUGUGCGAAGAGCCCAUCAGCCUGAUGUAUGAUUUCACUUCUCUGUAAUACUUUUUCCUGUAAUAACUUUUACAGAACUUGUAGACAUUGAGACUUUGUCAACGAUGAAGUCUCCCCCUGCUGGCUGUUAGGAAGAAUGCGGGCUAAAGCCUUCACUUAUAUAACAGGUGAAAGUGGCGCAUAUAGAUUAAUCAGGUGGUCAACAGCAUGAGUGUAAUGUAGUCAGCCUCAAGGUUAUUCCAUUUACAUUCAUUAGCUUGCGCAUUGGCUGAUGAAGUUAGUAAACACCAUAAUUAGUUAUAAGAUAAACUACAAGAUUAGUCGUAGAUUAGCAGAUAACAUGGCUGACUGCCAACAGCAUUAAUCCUGAUCCUGAAUCCCACAGCUCGGCGAUUUACAGGACUGUGUGACCUAAGUCUGAAGGAGGAAAAAACUUCAAAUAAAAUUCUGGUUCUGUGGGCUCUUAAAAUGCAUGUGUGUAUGAAUAAAUGUAGCCCCAAUUCUCAAAAAUGUUAUCUGAAUGAGGCUUUCCAUUCUAGCCCAAAUUAGUCAUGAAGUUCCAGCAGCAAGAAAACUUCCUUCAACAGGCAGAUACCUGGAGCAGAACCAGACUCAUGUUAGACAGUCAUCUGCUGCUACUGUACAAGUAAUCAAGGUUUAAGACUGUGAAAAGGUCAAAUGAAAUAACAGUUUAUUCCCUUAUGAGCCACUCUCUCCCCUACAGCUUGACCAUUGGGGUACCUACAUUCUUUAAAAGAGGAACUAGAACUCAAUCAGUUUCUUGUUUCUCUCGUGUUAAUGUGAAAUCUUUUUAAAUGAUACCGUACAAUCUGUAGACCUGCCCUGAUUGUAAUGUUGUGAUUUGGUGCCAUAGAAACAAAUCAAAUCUAAAAUACUGUGAAAGAAACCUUUCAAUGUGAACAAGGGAGAAUUACACCUAAACUCAACUGAGGCAGAGUGCGAGCUAAAGUGUUAGCAUUGAGCUAAAUACCAUCACAUGCUGUUAUCACUCCAAAUAGUUGGCGCUCGCUCGGAGGUGAAGCUGACCAUAAGGCUACGUUCCCACUGCUCCUUUUCCUUUUUUCGGUUGAUGGUAAAUGUGAAACAAAUGGUGGAAAAUCUCUUGGUUAAAGAUUAAAGACGCACAAUCUUGGCGGGCUGUCUCAGUGUCUGUGUUUCUGUCAGACUCCUCUCAGCUCCAGAUUACUCAUAGCUUGUAAAUUUGAUGGUAAGAAUCAAGAUUCAACUUCACCCUCUCUUCCUGCACUUCUCUCCCUCCCCUCCUCCUCUCCCUUGUGCCUGUGUUGUGCUGCUCCCUGUCUUUAAGUUUGCAUGCAGUUUGUGUAUUAAACAUGUCCCCUCUGGGGUUUCACAUCAUUUAUUCACAGAGGCAACGGUAAGGCUUGGAGUGGCAUGUUAGGAAGUUGUACUUCUGGAUCGACCUGCUGGAAAAAUGAAGAGCUGUUAGUAACUGUGUUUCCAUCCAACUCUCAAACUGUUCAUGAUACACACUUUAGUCUGAGGCACCAAUGAAAGGAUACCAGCGACUGUAAAAAAUCUAAGUCUGAUUCAGCGAGUCAGAAACCACAAACAAGACAUUCGGCAGCAUCUCUCUAUCAUCUCUACCAUCUUCAGGUUGCAGUUUUCUCAAAAAUCUCUGAAAUGCACCAAAGCUUAAUAUUUCUCUGAAUAAUCCACGAACCUAUGAACAUUAUUUUAGUGUUCGGGCUGGACCAGAAUUUUGUCAGUCAAAUCAAAAUGUUCAUUAAACUGGAGUUUUUCAUCAAUGAUUCAGAUAUAAUAAGUUAUAUUUCCAAGCUUAUAACUGUCAUUUUAACUAUGUAUGGGAGUGAAUUGCAUUAAACAAAAAAAAAAAAGCUCUGUAUUUCAGAGUAAUAUUUUUCUGGUCUGUUCUUUGGACUAAUUUUUACGGAAGCGUGGUGCUGCCACAUCGAGAGAAAAAAAAUGGGGGCUCAUUAUCACGUAAUUACGUGAAAAGUUUAUUGUUAUAACAAUAUCGUUUCACGUUAUAACGUAAAAAUAUCACGUUAUUUCAUGAUAUGAAGUUUUCAUGUUAUAAUGUCAAAGUAUCGCGUUAUUUCAAGAUAUAUUUUCACGUUAUAACGUUAUAUCACGUUAAAAAGGUGAAAAUUAUUAAUUAUUAUUAAUCACAGAACAUUAGCCUGAAUCUCUAUUGUAAGUUUUAUUUAGGAAAAAUAAAUCAUCUCUCUCUCUGAUAAAAAAUCUUGGAUGGAAACUCAGCUACUGUGAACAUUUCAACCAGCUGUAAUAUUCUGCUUUUGAAGCGUUUUAUUUUGCCUGAUAGUUUCUUCCUACAUGUAGUGUUUCAAACCGAUUGUGUCUGUCAAAAACACACAGUUGUGUCAUCUGUCCUAAAUAUUGUGUGGAUGGCUGGCUUCAGUGGAGUGACUGUGAAGACUGCUUGCUGUGAAAUAGCUUUAUAAGUCAGAAAGAAACGAUUACUUUGGCCAAUGUUCUUCUUCUGGUUCUUGUGUUUCAGGUGAAGAGGAGGCAGAGGAAGAAGCUGCAGCUGAAGAGGACGGUGGAGAGGCUGAGGCUGGCGAAGAGGAGGUGGCUGCAGCUGCUGAUGGGGAAGAAGAGGCAGAGACCGUAGCGGAGGCGGCUGAGGAGACCGUAGCGGAGGCGGCUGAGGAGACCGUAGCUGAGGAGGUCGUAGCGGAGGCGGCUGAGGAGGUCGUAGCUGAGGCUGCUGAGGUGGUUGCAGAGGUUGCUGAGGUGGUUGCUGAGGUUGCAGAGGACGUUGCAGAGGCUGCCCAGGAAGUGGAGACAAUAGCAGAAGAAGUUGCUGAAGUGGCCAAAGCUGUCGAGGAGGCUGCCGAGGCUAUCGCAGAACCAGAAGCAGCUGCAGAACCAGCCGCAGAACCAGCCGCAGAGGAGCCCGAAAGCAACGGUACGACUUCUUCACCUGAGGACGAGGCCUCUGAAGCCUGAGGUUUCACACUCACUGCAGGGAGCACACACACUCUGCUAACGCUAAACCACUUAAACUCACAAUCUGCAGGUCUUUUCCCUUCUUCACAACACUGGCAACAAUUAAACCCACAACUUACAGUCACUACAACCACUAGCUGCUUCUCCUCAGGGUUCACCUCUUGUUUAUCAUCCUGUGUGUCUUCCCAGAGCUGUAUAUUUUCUCUUAUUUAUUGGAGUGGGAAUUAUUUGCGUAAUGAUGGUGUGAGACUUUUCUGGUGUGCACAAUCUCUCUGUGUAUGAUGUGUAUAUUUGUUCAGGUUAUCAUGAGGCCCAGAGAAGUUAAAAACCCAGCAGCUUCUUCACACCACAGUGAGACAUUUCCAAAGUGGCAGUGAGGUCGUUAUUGGACGCUCAUAUGCAGUUAUGGGUGAAAUAAAUGUGAUCACACUGUUUUAUAUAAAUAUUCCACAUGCAGAUGGGCCUUGAUCAGUUCGCUCAUGAUCUAAAAACCUGCUCACCCCCUUGUUAAAGUACUACAAGAUUUGUUCUAUCAAGUUAAAUCGACCACACAUUCAUAGACCGCUACUAAAUGACAUUGGACCCUUUUUCUUUUUUUUUUGAAGCCCAUAAUGCUACUUUUCAAUUUGUAUUCCUUUCAUAGAGGCCUCUGUAAUGUUGUACUGCUUAGCUAGUAAGCAGAGCAGGUUGAUUCUGUUGAUUUCUCCAGUAAGACGAGAUGGCUCUGAGUAUGUGUACAAACCCUGUGACUGCUGCCGUGUGUUAUUUUUCUUGAUUUUAAGUAAUGUAAAACUGUCAGAGAAAUCAUCGUCAGAAACUGUCAGAGAAAUAAUUCAGUAAUGAUUUAAAAUCGUUUGUGAUCAUAAUUUUAUUUUGCUUAUAACUGGAAAAUGAGCACUGUGAACAAUUUACAAUUAAUCCAUUGAGCCAGAGAAUAAAGAUUUUAUCAAACUGGAAAGGUUUACUGCAGUCUUUGUCUGAUUUGGUCUUUCUACCCUAAGUUGUAUUUUAAUUUCAAAUUGUUGCUACUGAUACAAGUUUAACAGUCACACACUAUCUUCCUUAACAUACUAACACUCUAGCUUGGCUUUAUGAAAUAUAAUAUUUGAUGUUUUAAUGGGAAAGACACAAGCCCGCUCUUUUUUAUUACAAUGAAGUUGUAAUAGUUUCAGACUUUUGUGUUUGCAUGCUGUUAGGCACGACAGCUGUUAGAGCAGAGCAUGGAUUUUAAUCACAAUUAUGGCUCCCCACGUUCAUAAAAACAUGAUCAUCAAGACUGUUUGAGACAAUUAUUGUGCCGCUUGCUGUGUCAGUCGUUUUGUCCUGGACUAUAACUGACACAACCCUAUAUGUCCUCCCCUCAAACAGCUCUCGCUUUAAUGUCAUUGUUAUGAGCUCAGAUUAGCGUAAAACAAAGUUAGCAAGGAAAUCAUAGGUUUGAUUAUGGAGACAGGUGGAGAGAGGAGAGCAGGGAGAGGAGCAGCAGGAGAGAGAAGAGAGUAGAGCGAGGAGCAGCAAGAGGAGGGAGGGGAAAACAGGGAGAGGAGUGGGAGGAGGGAGAGGAAGGAAGAGUGCAGGGAGAGGGAGGAGCAGACAGAGGCUGUAGCAAUCCCAAGUGUUAUAGACAAGCUACCUUUCACCGAGCUUAACAGCGUUACUGGUCCAUAUCAUGAUAAUAUGUAAGCCUGUAAGUCUUGAUUUGAUAGAGUUGCAGUUUUGAAAAGGCUGAAUGAUCUGUUAGAUCUGCAGCCUGUGGUAAAUGUAUUUGGUGGAAGUAGUUUAAAAUCCUUCAAUUGUUAGCUUAAAAACCUUAAAUCUACUACAAAUAAAACCUGCCAUUUAGUUCAGUGACUAUUCUCAUCGGAAUUCAGUUGGAGCUCUUAAAGUGAAGAUUUGAAGUAUGGUUCAUUUCUGUUUUAAUACUGUUUCCUGAAGUUACAUCAGACAGUUAGAUGGACAUUCAUGCUUUGCUAAACUAAAAGAUCAAUAGUUUAAUUUCACUUAAUGUGUGUUUUCAUUUUGCAAGAGCUCAGGGUGUUUGAGUUUUGAAGAGUUUCAUAAAUGUUUGUGAAGCAGAUGUCAUAAUGUGAAUAAUUGUUUGAUAAUCAUGAUCUCUUUCAGUAAAAAUACUCAGGAUUUUCAUUUUUCCAUAAUUGAGCAGCCUCUGCAACUUAUUGUUGAACUACGUGGUUGAUAUCUUAGUUGUGUAUAGGUACACAUAUUUUUACUGAACCGAGUCAGUGCAGUUACUUAGCAAAUCAACUCCAAACAUGCAGAGUUUGUAUUGUUCUUAACCUCUGAUCAGUUUUGCGUCUGUUUGCUUUGCCCCUCCUGCUCCUCUUUAUAACAGAGAGUGCUGUUGUCGUUUAAGUCUAGAAUUAUUCAUCUAAAGAGAAAAACAAUUUAUCAAGCCUUAGAGGAGCAGGAAAGAGGAAUGAGCCGCGAUUUCAUAUAAGGUGAUUAGUUUGGUAUAGAUACCCCUCUGAAGUUAAGAAUGUACCGAACCAAGACAUCAAAAACGAAAACCACACCACAACAUUUUAUUAGUGAUUGUCUGUGUCUUGUCAGUGGCAGUCUUUGAUGAUUUCCGUGUUAAGUUUGGGGUCGUCAACUUUUUCUGUGUUAAGUCUGUAAUUCUCGGUUUUUAGAUGGUUUUUGUAUCAAGUGAAGACUUUUUCUUCUCUUAUGUCCUAGAACUCUCACAUGAUGUAGCUCCUCCUGGUUUGUUGUAUUUGAGUUGUUAAAGAUCAUUAGUCUCCGCACUACUCAGUUAGUUUUAGAGGUAAGGUGUUCAGUGUUGAUAUUCUUGAUGGUGCAUCAGAAGUGACGAAUCUUCACCUUAUUGUUAAGGCUGGUUGUUUGUUUCACCGUACUAACAGAUCAGAUGAAGCAUCCUUUGUUCUUUUUUGAAGGUCUACUUUAGUAUUUUAGCACCAAUUACAGUAGUUUACAGUUGCAAAACUACAUAAAAAUCUGUUUUGAGUUCAAACCAGGUUCAAGCCAGCAUAUAAUUUUGCAGUUUACUCAGGGGGUUGGUGUCAGUCAAGGAGAUCUUGGCAUUGAGCUAAAUAGAGCCUGACUGGGCGGGCAGGUCAUCAAACUGGGCACUGAUCAACCUUAAGUAGCUUUGGUGGCUGUAAAGUAAAUCCAGACACUGGAGAAAUUAUCUAAGCUGUGUGCGUGUAAUCUGAUGCUCAGACAGUAUUUGGCUUUGUGGCAAAUCUAGGAGGGAAAAUGUUUGCAGGUUGUAUCUCAUUAAUUCAAACAAGAUCACAAAGUCAAACCAGUGCAAGUAACACAAAGCUGUCUUUGCCUUGCUUUUGGUCAGCCUAGAGACUCUGUUUUCCUGUCUUGAUCAGAGCCUAAAUUAAGCUGUUGUAUUGGCUGAAUCUACCUUGUACAAAUAUAGUUUUAAAAAAUGUUGCGUAGACUAAAAUGAUGUAAAAAAAUCCAAGGUCAACCAUAAGAGAAGGCCGAAGAGUUUUAUUCCAGCUACUAAAUAUUCGCACCAUUACACAUUGUGUCUUAUUCUGCACGUUUGAGUUUUCUUUGUACACAAGAAAAUACUCUUUGUUACACUGGUGUCCAGAUGUCUUUCUCGUAAAACUGUUGUUUCUCUUCUCUUUCUUCUAUCACUGGGUCUUUGCAUGAAGUCACAAUCCACUCAGUUCUCUCCUUGGCACUAAGUUCUCUGUUCUUCUAUAGGGUCUCACAAUUGCCCAUCAUAUUACCUUGUCCAACCAAAUUGAGUAGUGAAGUUCAAUGAGGAGAAAUAAAGAUGGAGCAUAAGUGAUGUUUGGAUGGCUGGAUUUUGUGUUGCAGUGCUGCUGGCAGCUGCCCCUUCUGUAGAGGUAACGAAGAUAGCCGAAGCACAGGAAGAGUUAGCGCCGGCUGUUGAGGAAGGAUCAUCUGCCCCAGUUGAGAUUGCACCAGUGACUGAAGAGGCACCAGUGACUGAAGAGGCACCAGUGACUGAAGAGGCACCCGCACCAGUGACUGAAGAGGUUCCUGCAGCAGUGGAGGUUGCACCAGUGGCUGAGGAGACACCAGCUCCAGUGGAGGUUGCACCAGUGGCUGAGGAAACACCAGCUCCUGUGGAGGUUGCACCAGUGGCUGAGGAAACGCCAGCUCCAGUGGAGGUUGCACCAGUGACUGAAGAAGCCCCAGCCCCACUGGAGGUUGCACCAGUGGUAGAAGAAACUCCUGCGCCAGUAGAAGUUGCACCAGUGGUAGAGGAAACUCCUGCGCCAGUAGAAGUUGCACCAGUGGUAGAGGAAACUCCUGCGCCAGUAGAAGUUGCACCAGUGGUAGAGGAAACUCCUGCGCCAGUAGAAGUUGCACCAGUGGUAGAGGAAACUCCUGCGCCAGUAGAAGUUGCACCAGUGGUAGAAGAAACUCCUGCACCAGUUGUAGAAGUUACCUCAGCAGCUGAAGAGGUUUCUGCUUCUGUGGUUGAAGCAAUGACAACAGCUGAGGUAGCCUCAGUUGAAGAGACCCCUGCACCUCUUGCACCCGAGGCAUCAACAGUAGUAGAACCUGCUGUAACCCCUGCUGCGGAAGCAGCCACUGCUGUGGUGGAAGAGGCAGUUCCAGCCCCUGUGGAGGCUGAGGCAGAACCUCAGAAGCGGGAGUACAUCGUUGUGGUACUGGAAGGUGCACCUAAAACUGAAAAUCGGCCCAAGGUGCUGGGAGUCGGGGCCAAUACUGGUAGAAUCAUCCCAGCUCCAGAUGAAGACGAUGCCCCUUCUUCUCAGGUAUCAAACCAUUAACCUUUUUAGAAUAAUUCAGAUGAUUUCAGGAACAGUGUUUGUUUUGAGCAUAUUUCUUAAAUUAAUUGCCUUUUUAUUUCAAUAGGAUAGAGCCUGACUGAUAUGUCAUAUUUGAAACAGAAUUGUUUUUUUAAACAGGCAAUAAUAUCAGCAGUUCUUGAUAUCCUGGCCAACAAAAUAAAUAUUUUAUGUUAGUUGAGGCAGAAAUUUUUCAAUGCAUAAAUUUAAGGGCCUGCCUUAUAUUACUUUUCACCAAUAUCAGUAUUUGAUGGAAUGUUGACCAUACACUGACUGAUACUGAAGAAUGUUUGAGCUGCAACAAAACUUCAUUCUUUCUUUGAGCACUCACCACUGACUACGCUUUGUAACAACACUGUGUAUUACUCAAGGCUGCUUUCUUGAUCAAAUAACUUAAUCAUAAGUAAAUUUAAUGUCAUUGUUCAUUGUCAGUUUAUUCUAUUCGGCUGUGCUGCGAGUGCAGACCGUGCCAAGAGUAAUAUACAUUUAGGAGCCUGAACACCCUCUGCUGGACAAAGUAUGUGACUACUCCGUUUUUAAAAUCUGCCCAAGCAAUAAACAGUAUUUGCUCUUUGCUAUGAUGUUCACUGAGAUCCCAGAAGUACAAUCCUCUGGCAGCAGUGAGAUGGGAGAACACAUUUUAAACAGACAGAAAACUCAAGCAGAGCUAGAAUAUUUGCUAAACAGUAUCAGUCAGGCUCUAUAGGGGACAAUAUUUUGAGAGGAUGACAAGAAAAGCCAGGCAGGUUUUAAAGUUUAAACCUCUGCUUGUCCAAAUCCAUAUGGGCUUUUUCAAGUCUAACCUUAACUUUAAACUCUGCUAUUCAGGGUAAGCGGCGUCUUCUUAGGAUUCAAAUGCAGUAGUUCCAAGUAAGGUACUGAGCCAUUUUUUAUUACUACACUGGCUGCACAGUAGGCUUUAAACAAAAGCUAAAUAUCACACCUAUAUAUUGUUAAACUCUGGUUUAAAUACUACGGAGAAGAAGUGUUGAGAUGUUUGAAUUAAAACGGAAACAUUUUUUAGUAUAAUUGACUUUUAUAUUUCUCUCUUCUGUCACAGUAAACAGCUCCAGAAUGAAGACUUUCUGUCCUGCAGAAGAAGAGGACGUGCCUUUCUCCCAACCCUUUCCCUUCCUUCUCUUACCUGUAAAAACACAACAGGCUAAGAUGUCGAUCCACUUUGAAAAUACACAUAACUUACUGUGUUUAGAUCAACUCCAUCCUCACUCUGUAGUGGCUGUGAUACGGCCCCAUUACUGUGACACUCCACUCUGACUCCGACAUCUUGACUUUACAGUAAACAGAUCCUUUUAUAGCUGUUACAAUGUCACUUUUCCUACCUGUUUGCUGCUGAGGACAAAACUGAGCCACCUGUGCUGUCACCUCCAUCUCUUUUAGUGUUUAAAAUCCUGAAUAAAGACAUUACUUAUUCUCCAGUCACUGCCCUGCCACAUGUGAUGAACCUCUGGUGUCCUCUCUGGAAACAAAGGGGAGUUUCUCUAUCACCAGCAAUCUUUACAGUACCCGACCUCAGGUUUCUUCUUUUUCUGAUUCUCUUUAAACAUCUGGAAACACUCUCUGUACAUUAUUUAUGCAGAAACACUUAAAGCUCACUGGUUCAUACUGUAGCUGUGUUGCUACCUCAGUUUUCCUCAUGAUUUCAGUCUAAAAUGACUCGACAGACCUCUACAAACGACUCACUUCAAUAUACACGUUGUUGAAUUUCAUAAACUUGUAAAUCAUCAGGGAAACAACUUCUCCUGCAAAACUCAAAAAAGGCAGGAAUUUAUUUUCUCUUUAUUUUGCAACACUUUCAAACACAGAGUUGAUAUAGAAAAUGCUGGGAGAAUGCCUCUGCACUGACCUCAGUGUUUGAAACUAUGACAGAGGUGGUUAAAGUACAAAAAGGGAGAGUUUCCUGAAUUUUUCAUUUUCAGCGUAAGAUCAAAUGUUGAAAAAAGUUGUUUACACAGUGGACUAAGUUGAUCAUCUGGUGUAAGUACCAGGCAAAAGUGAAACAGAGGAAGAGUUAAAAAGUCCAAAAUGAAGCCCAAAAGUGGAGAGAAGAGGCCAGAUUUCAGUAAAAGCAGAGUUCUUUGACAUUUUGACUUUCCUCUCAACAUUUUGUUCUUGUGUCCAGAAAAUAAAUCAUGCAGAGGGGACGAUUUUGUCAAUUUUGCAUUCCUUUGCCUCUUACUUCUGCAAAGAAAUUUAACUUAAUCUUCAAAUAGUAGCUUCUCUUAAUCUUAAUCUUUGGCUUGUUUUGAGGUUGCUUGAAAACACCAACACUGUCAAAAAGAGCUGUGCAGCAGGUGUUUUCACCCUGAUAUUCAGAGUUUGGUUACCUUUUACAGGUGAGACUGACUUUACAUUCUCUGGACAAUCUAAUGAGCACAGUUAAUGUACAAAAUACUGGGAUAUUCAGUUACUCAACAUGAACUCAACAUGGUCAGAGUUGUAAAAUCCUUCUGUAAGCAUAUUUCCUCCUCUGUCGUUGCUCUAGAUUCAGAAAAGAAGUUGUGCUCUGUGUUCUUUCUGUUUAAAAUUGUACAUUUCAGUAUCACAUGUCUGAUGAUGGUUGGAUAUGCAGCAUCACUUUCUUUCAGUCUUUUUUCUUUCCUUACAAAUAGCUUCUUAUGUUUUCGCUCUAGCAGUCACAUCAGUGUAGAUGUAUAAUUUAAAGGUUUGCAGCAAGUACAUGGAUAUUCUGGUGUGACAUGAAAUGUGUUUUUGGAAGUGUUGAAGUUUGUCUGAAGGAAAGUCUGCCAUGUGAAAUGCUUUAAAGGUUCUGUAGCUGUCCUCUGUCUCUCUCCUCCUCUGCUCCUCUUUCAGGUUUCCUCUGCUCUACAUCGUAUUUUCUGUCUUUGUUAGCUUGGCGUACGCUUUCUGGGAAUAGACCUGAGCUCACAGAGGGACACGAGUGUUGGAAUGUAUUUUAAAAAUGGGAAUUAGAUUUAGGAAAUGACACUCUGUUUCUCCUUUGUGCUUGCAUGCAGGUUUCUGUAAAAGGAUGUGAGUGAAUGCCUUUGACUUGGCAGAAACUGACUGUUUCAAACAUUUCUGCAUUUCCUGUUUUUGCAAAUUAAAGAGGGAUUCAAUGUGAUUAACCUCUUGUAUUUAUUGUGUUAGUUUGUGCUAAAACUAACACUAUACCAAAAAAGCAAUAAGAAUCACAUCUUUCAUACCUGUGAGGACAUUAGGGGGCCACCUUAAUGCUUAUAUGGAGGUAAGCAUGAAGAAAUCUAAUAAGAUAGGAUGUUAUGAAAUGCCUGAUAUAAGGAUAAACGUAUUUACAGUUUAAGACCAUAUACAGUUAAGUAGAAAUCCGAUUUAAAAAAUAGUGUGUGAAAAAGAUUUGUAGAAUCAUGCAUGCUGUAAAAUGAUGAUUGUAAUAGUUAUUUAAGGGAUAAUAAAAGUAAGCCAGUGGUCACUUGGGAUAGAAUCCAAGAGGUCAACAAGACCUCUGUAACAAACAAGAUACAGCAGGUUAACUUUGAGAAGUAAUCUGAGUGGUGGUUUCAUUGGCCACAAUUUAUUGCUGUUUCAGAACAAAAUUUUUAAUGUGAGAGUAUUCUUCCUAUCCCACUUGUGAGUCAAAUUAACCCUAAACUGAACCUUUCUCUUCUUGAUGCGUGUUUAAGUCUUAAUAAUAGUCCUCUUGACUGUUCUUACAUUGAAUUUAACACUUUGAUUCUUGUUAAUGUCUAAAAAUGAGCAUUUUUCUGUCGAAACUUUUUCACAAAUGCAGAAAAAAACAGCACAAUACGUUCUCAGAGAAUUAUUGUCAGAACCAAGUGAUUUAAAAAGAAAAACUUCUGAAAAAUUUGAAGUUGGACUCAGCAAAGUAAGCAGACAAAUCUAAUGAAAUUAAAUUAACUUUGGAGUAGACUGAAGGUUGACUGCAUACAACAUCAAGUCCUUCUUUCAUUGAAGGUAAGAAUAGCUCCAUUACAUUGUCUUUAUGUCUUUAUUAGUGGCUCACUUUUGUAUGGAAGCGAUUGUGACUCAUAUCUCAAAUUCAAAAGCAUUAGCAGAAAUGCUUUUUCAUUUCAGUCAUGGCUGCACUGACUCAAAAAUAAAAAGCAAUAUUCCAAAAUGCAAUUUCAUUUUCUUCUUCAAGACUGCUCAUUUUGUGACUAAAUUAAAAAGCAAAAGCAAAUCAUAUUUAACAUUUAAUUUUCAAAACAUUCACCAGCAAAAAGGUAACAAAAAUCAAUUUGAAAUGUCAAAUUCGAAAAUUCAAAAUCAUUAGCAGAAAUGCUUUUUCAUUUCAGAGUCAUGGCUGCUGGGCUGCACUAUUUGACUCAAAAAUAAAAAUAAAAAUCAAUAUUCCAAAAUGCAUUUUCAUUUUCUUCUUCAAGACUGCUCAUUUUGUGACUGAAUUAAAAAGCAAAAGCAAACUCAGGAAUGCCUUUUCGUUUUUCGUUCGCCCCGCAAAAAGUGUCUCAUAAUUCAAUCUGAUUCGCAAUCUCAAGUGGCGCAGGAAAAUGACGUCACCGACCCCACUCGUUCUGGCCCCUUCUGGCCGAUAGGGGGCAGUGAAUCCGUGUAUCAUUCGUUCAAGUGAUAUUCAAUGUAAUUAACACAGCCAGUACGCCUCGCUUGUUGGUUGUUUUCAAUGUUUAAUAAUAAAUCUGCACCGCAAAGCAUUUUUGUAUUAACUCUUGUAUUCAAAUUGGCGCCCCCCUGCUGCUGUAGGCGCCCCUGCUUGCUGCGUAGGUGCUGCACAAAGGCUGGACGGGGUCUCGUCCGGGGAGUAAUUUCGUCUAGAACCGCCACUGCUGUCUCGUUUGCAAACAUCUGUUUUGUAUUUUCGUCCAUGGAGUUUAGCGGAGAUUGUAACUUUUAUAACCUUUUUUUAGUGGUUCAGAACUCUGUCACUCACAGCAGUCCUGCUCAGAUAUUAGUUUGAUUGGCUGUCACACAAGGACGAUUCUUGAUUGGGAAAUAACCCACCCCACCCCACCUACCUACGCCA